UCCCCCCCCCUUGUACACAGUCAGUACAGGGGUCAGAAGCUGCCAAGUUCCAACCCUUCCGACGUCUCCCCACAGCCGAUCACUCGAUCUUCGAUCUUCGCCACCGUUCAAGCCUGUCGGGCUGAGACAAUAGGUAUUAGUGAGGGAAAGCUGGUCUGGGCAGAGACGACAACACGUCAGUCGCCUGCUUCCCCUCUUACGGUGAACCCCUUGAUCCAACCCAUUGUCGAUGUGCAGUCUACUCUGAGAGGAGAUGCCGUGGACAGUCACGAAUUCUUUCAAGCGAGGCCUCAUGAAAACGUACGGAAGACCGGUAUGGCGCGUGUUUGACGACGACCAGCACCCAGCCGCGAAGAAACGACGCGUGCAGUCGGGCCAUGAGUCCGACGAUGCGGAAUUGAGCCUGCAGUAUGCCAUACGCGAAUCGUCAGCCGCCAUCCUGUCGAGUCCAUCGCGUCGCAACUCGGUCGUGCUCUCCGAAGCGACUCAGGAGGAGGACGACCUGUCGACACCCCCCUCGUCGCCGCCGCCACGGCUGAGCCCGCCGGUCAACACGCGCAAGCCGACCUUUGCCUUUCUUAAACGGAAACAUUCGUCAACCAAGGAGGCAAGCAAUGCCUCCCCGCUCACAGAGGUCAACUCCAACAGCGUGCGCCCGUCGACGGAGCCGCCAAAGAAGAAAUUACAGCAGCAACAGCAACAGCAACAGCAACCGGUCCUGAAGCAGAUGCAGAUCGAUCUGGGCACUGAGACGCGCAAGACUUGUGCUACAUGUGGCAUGGAAUACAUCCCAUCUAACGCCGAGGACGCUGCGCUACACAAGAAAUUUCACGAUCGGAACUCUACGGGGGUGGACCUUGGCAAGGCGUUUAUGCGAGGGAACGCGUCGCGCUGGGUCUACGAAGCCACACGCUUCGAGGAAGGAUACGUCGUGAUUGUGGAUCGCAAGGCUUCUCCCACCACCAAGGGUCAGGCGAAGAAGGUGUUGGAGGUGAUCAACAAGGAGCUAUCGGCUCCGGACAUCGCGGACGACGUUCUCUGGAGUCAGAUCGAACCGCCUCAACAUCUCCAACAGCAGCAGCAGCAGCAGCAAGGGGAUGCACCGCCCGAGAAAGCCGAUCGAUACAAGGUAUUUCUUCACAUGAAAGACAGCCGCUGCGUUGGGCUGUGUCUUACGGAGCGCAUCUGGGAAUCCCGAGCUGUUGAGCGACCGUCGCCACCUGCCAGUGACCAGCCCAACGGCCAUGACUCAUCCAUCACUGCUGGGGACCAGCCCUACCCAGCCAUCGUGGGCAUUUCACGUAUCUGGACGUCAGGUUCCUCGCGUCGCAAGGGCAUCGCCAUGGACCUCCUCGACUGCGUGGUGAGCAACUUCAUCUACGGGAUGGAGAUCCCCAAGGCCAAGAUCGCCUUUAGCCAGCCUACAGAAAGUGGUAAGCGGCUAGCAGAGGCCUUUUUUGGCUCUGAGGAGCAGUGGCACGUCUACAACGAGAGCUGAGAACACCGCGCGCUGGUAGACAUUAACGUGGAGGAUGCCUAAUCCUGAUUACCCCCUUUCAAUUUUCCUUGGUCGUGCACGGUUCGAUUUCGGGCGGAAGGCAGCAGCAGCAGCCGGGGAGCAACCUCACACGUAC